AUGGUUGCCCAGGUCAUUGGCCAUAUGGUAGCCAGUUUUCCAGCAGUUGAAUUUGGCCCGUUAUAUUACCGUAGUCUUGAAAAAGAUAAAAGCACAGCCUUAUCGGCGCAUAAGGGUAAAUUUGAGGCCUCCAUGACCAUUUCCCACCAAGGGAAGGCCGAAUUAAAUUGGUGGUUAAAAAACCUAAAGAAUUCUCGCAAAAACUUUCUUCUAACCCCAAUUGACAUGGUGCUAUACUCAGACGCCUCUAUGACCGGUUGGGGUGCAGCCCUGGGGGAACAAUCCACAGGUGGAAACUGGUGCCAACAGGAGACUGAACUCCAUAUAAAUGUACUUGAAAUGAAAGCACCUUAUUUUGCCCUAAAAUCAUUUGUCUCAAAACUAAGAGGCAAACAUGUUAAACUUAUGCUGGACAACAGUACUGCAGUGUUUGUAAUUGUAAUUACUAACAUGGGCACUAGCCACAAUGAGGUGCUGAAUAGAAUUGCCGUUGAAAUUUGGGAAUUUUGCAUGACUAACAAAUUUAAACUUACCGUAGCCCACUUACCUGGGUCAGAUAACAUCAUUGCCGACAAAGAAUCUCGCCAUAUUUAUCGUGAAGCUGAAUGGAUGUUAAAUCCAUGUCACCUCCAAACAGCAAUAAACAAACAGUUCCCCAAGUACUGCUCAUAUCGGCCUGACCCAGAAGCAAUGCACAUCGAUUCUUUCUCUAUUUCUUGGAGCACGCAAAAUUUCUACUGUUUUCCCCCAUUUAGCUGCAUUUUGCAAACAGUUCAAAAGAUUAUACAGGAAAAAGCCACAGGCAUCCUGGUAAUUCCAAACUGGCCAACACAACCCUGGUACCCUCUCAUUGCACCCCUUCUAAUGCAACCAGUGCUCUCACAAUCAAAUUUUCGAAUUCCUUAGAAAAAGCUCGAAAAUUCCUCAGAUUUCCUUAAAAUUCCUUAAAUUGGUAAAAUUACCAGAAGGCCUGAUCACACAGUUGCCAAAAGUGUUUUUUCCUCCUUUUUUCUGUUUUUCAGCUUUUAUAACCUUAUUUCUAAGCACUAAAAAUUGAAAACAUUUUAUUGUUAGCGUAAUGCUAUAAAGAAAACAUUCAACAUGAUGUAUUUUUGAUCGUUGCUGCAUGAAGAGCUUAAAAAAUCUGUAGAUUUCAGAAGAAACAGCAUAUACUGACAUUUAACUUUUGAGAAUUUUAAUGAAAAGACCAGUGGCGGACACUUUACGAAUUAUUGGGGCUCGUGCCGAAGGCACGGGAAAAUUUUAAAAUUUGAAUCCCGGAAAUGUCAUUUGCAGCGUUCUGAGAACACAUUUUGUAAAAAACUAGGGUUUCAAAACACUGUUUUAAGUUUUGUUAUAAAUCACGUGCCAAGCCAUGUACAGAAACAUAUGCUAUUAUAUUAUGAUGACAAUUACGUUAUAUGAGUGUGACUUGUGUUAUUUCGUACUGGAACCAAAUUGGUACUGGAACAUAAGAACAUUUAUGACAUAGAGAACAUACGAAUAUUUAACAAUUAUUCGCGGAAGGCGAGGUGAUUAUCGGUGAAUAAAAACCGAGACGAAGUCGAGGUUUUUAUUCACGAUAAUCACUGAGCCUGAGGUGAACAAUUGUUUUAGUAUAAUUUCAUAGGUGAUUAUUUGGAAAAAAAAUAAGAAAAUACACAUUUCUUUGUCAUUUAAUUGACAAAAAGGCUUCGGCCGCCAAUUUGAAAAUCGCUUAGGUGAUUAUCGCGUAAUAAUAACCUCAACGGCAACCAAUCAGCGUGGAGAAUUUUCAAUAAUCACCUAUGUAAUUAUACUAAAUUGUAAUUAUGUGCGUAUAAUGUUGCUACUUUCAAGUUUAAAUCUCAUUUGCGUGGCGUGGUUAUCCUCCGUCCCGAACGUUUUUAGUCCAGGAUAAAAUGUUUCGGAAAUUCCUUAAAAAAAUCCUCAAAAACCUAAAUUCAUUAAAAAAAUCCUUAAAACUCUUCAAAAUUCCUAUUUUUAAGGAUAAUUCCUUAAAAGUGAGAGCACUGAGUAUAAAAUAGAAGUUAGCUGGCGCUUCGAACUAUAUAAUAUAUAUCGUAAAAUCCCACUCCUGGUAUUUGAAAUUUAACGUUUUCUGUGGAAGCAUGUAAUUUGAUACUUUGCCACUCCCCCUUGGGCAAUCAAUUUUUGUAGAGUCACGUGACCAGCCGAUACCAGGGUCUUUCCCCAAAAGACCCUGGGUACGAGGAUGUAGACAGGUUUUGUGUCAGGCCCUAACUUUAUAAGUAGAUGAAUACUGAGAACAACAUUGCCUAAUAUGGUCAUCUAUUAGUUUUAGCGUAAUGAUUGACGUUUGGAUUAAAGUAAACAAUAUAGGUUUUUAUGGGGCAUGUGAAAACAGGGCGUAUUAUUGUGAGACUGCGAGAAAUACGAAGAGAUUUAUAUACGUUUUAUACGCGUGUUUAUUGUGAUUCAUUGUGAUUGUGGAGAAUAUCUGUUCAGCGGAGGGAACAUUCUCUACACGUGGCACCUUCCGAUCGGAUCGGGUAAGUUUUAACUCGAUAAAAUCAAAUACAAACCGCUGUAUUUUUAAGUCAAAUGAGAUGGAGUCUGAGGCGCUAGAUACGAAGCUAACGCAGCUUGAAAUUACGGUCCAGAGAACAGAGUUUGUGUUGACUUCUGCACGACGAGAACAAAUCAAACGGCAUCUAGAAGCAUUGAAAGCGAUUUCACGUGAAAUUGACGAAUGUAAACGAGCCGUAGAACUCAAGAAAAUCGCAAAUAAGGAAGAGUUAUCCGAGAUAAACAAAUGGCAUGACGAAAUUGACGAGAAAUUAAAUAAAGCCGAUAUCGAAAUAAGUCGUCUCCAAGGGUGGCUCAACGACAAGGAGAAACAUGAGAAAUUUUCUGCACAAGAAGAACAGCUGAAAUUCGAACUAAAGCUACACGAAACAAAGUUGAAGUUACAAACAGAAUUGACAACAAAUUCAUCGCCAGACACGUCCAAUACGACUACAAUCACAGUGUCUGAGAAAACCGCAAAGCUUCCAAAGUUGGUGAUCUCAAAAUUUAACGGAUCUUAUAUGGAUUGGCCCAGAUUUUGGGGACAGUUUUCCGAAGCUGUAGACAAGAGUACCAUAGCCCCUAUCAGCAAGUUUACGUAUUUGUGUGAAUUACUUGAGCCCAGUGUGAAACGUGUAGUCGAAGCCCUUCCGUUCACUCCCGAGGGAUAUAACAGAGCAAAAUCCAUAUUAAAAGACAGGUUCGGGAAAGAAUCGGAAAUCGAGAAAGCAUACGUGAAGGAGAUAUUGGAACUGCCCCACAUAACAAGUCCAAGUGCAAAGAAGAUUGGCGAGUUUUAUGAAAAAUUAUCUUAUUCGGUGCAAGCACUGGAGACCAUGAAAAGAUUGGAUCAAGUUUCUGGAAAUGUCUCGAUGACCCUCGACAAACUUCCGGCAAUUAGAGGAGAUUUGGUACACACAGAUCCCGAUUGGGAAACCUGGGAUUUCCUCAAGCUAACUGAAGCGCUACGCCAAUGGGUAAGAAGAAAUCCAGCUGACAAGAACGCUGAACGAGAGCGCGAGGAAAACAAACGGAAACGGGACCACCACAAUAGAUUGUUCCAGGCAAGCGGCGGCGAUUUCAAGGUUACGGGCUGUGUUUACUGCCGAGAUGGAAACCAUAAAAGGAUUAUGUUUUAACUGUGCUACGAGAAAUCACCGCGCCGCGGAAUGUCCAAGCAAGACUUCAUGUCAAUACUGUAAGAGACGCCAUCACACCUCGUUGUGCGGACAAGCUCAAGAUGGGAACGUGAAAAAUGGGAAAUUGAUGACAGAUGGUAAAAGUGGUGAUGCAAUAUUUCCCAUUGUGGUCGUAAAGGUUGAUGGAAUCACCUGUCGUGCGCUUGUCGACUCCGGGGCUGGCAGUUCAUACGCGUCGGCGAAGCUCAUCGAUCUCCUGAAAAAGAAACCGAGUGCGACGAAGAUUCAGCGUAUCGACAUGCUGAUGAGCUCGCGAGUUACAAGAAUUGAGUCAUAUGACGUGGUGAUCGGGUCCGUGGAUGACCGUUACGAAAUGGAAGUACGUGUGACAAAAGUCAACAAGGGUGAACUGUUGAGGAUUGAUAACCCAAGAUAUGAACAGUUGAUACGAAAGCAUCAGCACCUGAAACAAGUCGAGAUCGCAGACCAUGAUUCGAAACUGCAACUCCCGAUUCACAUGAUAUUGGGAAGUGGAGAAUACGCUCGAAUUAAAACCGGAACUGUACCACUUGUCGGUGAGGACGGUGACCCAAUAGCUGAAUUGACCAAACUUGGGUGGUUCGUGAUGAGCCCGGGGGCUGAUUUUUACAAAACCACUGUUCUGAUGACACAAACCUCUCAGAGUGACUACGAGAAUCUCUGUCGUCUGGACGUGCUAGGGAUUGCAGACAGCGGAGAAAAUGAUCAAGAGAUGGUCUAUCAAGAUUUCAAAGAGCAACUUGGAAGAAGCCCAGACGGAUGGUAUGAAGCGAACCUUCCUUGGAAGCCACAUCAUGCCGUGUCAGCGACGAACGAGCAAGGAAGUCAAAGGAGAUUUGGACAACUUGUGAAGAAGUUGCGACGCGAAGGGAAUUACGACAGCUACGACCAGAUAAUUCAAGACCAAAUAAAAAGGAGUUUUAUCUUCCACAUAAAGCGGUUGUCAAGCGAGAAGCGGAAUCGACAAAACUCCGGAUAGUGUAUGAUGCCUCAGCGAAGGAGUCCAACCACCACCCAUCACUCAACGAUUGUCUCUACCCUGGUCCCCCCUUGCAAAACCUCCUCUGGAGUAUCCUGGUCAGGUCGAGAUUUUAUCCCGUGCUACUCAUUGGCGACUUGGAAAAGGCUUUUCUACAGGUCCGGAUCAAAGAAGAAGAGAGGGAUGCUCUGAGGUUCUUUUGGAGAUCGCCCAGUCAAGAUAAGACAGUGAUAUAUCGGUUUACGAGAGCACUCUUCGGUCUUACCUGUUCUCCAUUCCUACUAGGGGGAGUGAUCAGCCAUCAUCUUAAGUCGUGGGAACUGGAGUAUCCAGACGUAGUGAAAGAGAUACGGGACGGCCUAUACGUAGACGACCUGAUGGUUGGAGGCUCCAACGUCGAGGAGGUCGCAGAGAAGAAAGCAACAACAACCGAGGUGUUUGAGGACGCAACUUUUGCCUUGCAUAAGUGGCAUUCAAAUAGGGAAGAGCUCAAAAACGACAACGCUAAAUCAACCAGUGACGUGGGACCAACAUACGCAAAGCAACAACUAGGAUCGAACUCAUCCGAGGCCAAACUAUUGGGCCUGCCGUGGGACAAGAACGAGGAUACCCUGAGCGUUACGGCCGGUAAAGAGAAAUCAGCUUCAACAAAGAGAGGUGUUCUCUCGGCUCUAGAAAAGAUAUACGACCCCUUGGGUAUAGUGUUACCGACGACGCUUCAGGGAAAGAUAAUGUAUCGAGAGAUUUGCGAGUCCAACGUCGCCUGGGACGGGGAGUUCCCAAAGCCGUUAAAGAAACGUUGGGAUAACUGGUCUGCUACUCUUCCUGAACAUGUCACAAUUCCGCGAACACUAGCUCCAUACCUACAACCAAUAAAGGAAGUCACGCUUCACGCCUUUGGUGAUGCCAAUAAAGAUGGUGUAUCAGCGACGGUCUACGCCGUGGUCGAGCAAGAGCAAGGGACGACACAAUGACUUGUGUGCGCAAGAUCCCGUCUCGCGAAACGGAACCUGUCAAUCCCGCGACUGGAGUUGGUCUCGGGCCACAUGGCAGUAAAGCUCGCGACCAAUGUCAGAACGGCACUUACUAUUCAUCCACCACCAAUCAUUCACUGCUGGUUAGAUCUAAGCGUGGCGUUGUAUUGGAUCAAAGGCCAGGGAGAAUUCCGACAGUUCGUGUCUAACCGAGUACACAAGAUCCAGCAACAUCGCGAUGUUAAGUGGCACUACGUGCCAACGACCGAAAACCCGGCGGACCUAGGGAGUCGCGGAGGAAGCGUUGUGAGCCAUACGUUGUGGAGCAAGGGCCCCCUCUGGUUAAGCGAAGCAGCAAAGUGGCCAUCCGAUAUCGUUCUGAAAGCUUCCCCAGAAACUGAGAAAGAAACGAGAGUGACCAUCAGAAGUGUUCUCGCCAUGGCAGUUCGUGUUCGAGACGAUUUUGACAAGUUAUUGGAGUCUCACGGGCUGCGCAAAGUACACAGAAUCGGAGCAUGGGUACGGAGAUUUAUUCAAAAUUGCCGAUAGUUACGUAAGAACCGAAAGUUUGGACCACUGGACACCACGGAAAUCGAGAAAAAAAUAUAAAAAAGAUCUGGUGAAAAAAAAUCUGAUGUGA